AUGGAUAUCGUAGAUCAGCAUAUCGAAAGUGAUGUCCUGUUAGAUAAUAUCGAAGUUGAGACUAUAAUUUCUAAUUUACCGGAUGAGAGUUUAUAUUCAGCUGAGACUGUCCAGGCAAUGUUAGUGUAUAUACAAGCCACUGAUGAACCUAUUGCUAUAGAAGAAAUACUUGAUGAUGAGGGAAUAAUUUCUAUAGUUCAAGCUGAGGAAAUUGAUGAUAAGCCAACCAGGCAAAAAAUUGAGGAAGAGGGUGAAGACGAAGUACCUGAACCACUGGUAAUAGUUGCUGAAGAAAAUUCAGAAUCAAAUCUGUCGUUAGAUGAAUUAGGAUUUUUAAGAAAAUUACUCAAAGAGUAUAAACAUGUAUUCGAAAAAUUAAAAAAGCAAUCAAAGAUCAUUAGUUUCUUUACUUUCCCAGAUUUGUACUUCAAUAACUCACAUCUCCAAGACUCCUAUCCCUAUGAUUUGUAUUCUCAAGAUUUGUAUCCUCAUGAUUUAUAUUCUCAAGACUUGUAUCCUCAAGGUUCAUAUUCCUAUAACUCAAAUUCCCCAGACUUAUCUUUACGAGACUCACA